CGCUUCAGGCGCGCAAGAGGAAGCGCUCCUCUUCCUGUCUGUGUUCAGGCUGCUGCUGGACCAGCAAGAACAGCUUUGAACCGGUUUUGUUGCCGGCUACAAAGCAGCAUGAAACUGAUGCACAAUGCGCAUUGUUGAAGCAGUGUGUUCUCCUGACACACGGGCAUCAUACUCCAGCUCACCAGCACCUGUGUGCGAUGCUUUUAUUAUGUAUAUCAUUUGUACUGAUUUUGUAAGACGGGAUUUUAGUAAGGAGACCACCCUACAUGGGAAGUUCACGUAGAGCGCGCAGCUGCUCUGCAGGGUCCUGCUGCUGUUUUUGUAGAUGCUGAGGUGUGGUUAUAGAAACAGACACAAAAGGGGCAAUUUCCUAUGGGUAAGUUGCAGCCAGUCAGUCUGUGUCCAGAAGCUCACACAGGUGACCUGCAUGUUUGCCCAGGCUAAGUGCUGCAACAGCCUGCAUUACAUCAAGGCUUUACCUAAGUCUAUAUAGUGUAUAUUUUAGAGGCUAUUGAACCCCUUCUUUGUCAAAGCUGUAGCCGCUCGCAGAGGGAAGCAGUGACAUCAGCACCAUGGCUCCAUCUACUAAAGUGCUGGACGGAGGCUGGGGAUGGGCAAUUGUUGUGGCCUCUUUUAUGGCCCAGCUCCUGGCCUAUGGAUCGCCCCAGUCGGUGGGUGUCCUGUACCCUGAGUGGCUGCAUGCCUUCCAGGAGGGCAAGAGCAUGACAGCCUGGGUGGGCUCCCUUGUGGCUGGAGUUGGACUAAUAGCAAGUCCUGUCUGCAGUGCCUGUGUAGACAAUUUUGGGGCUCGUCCCGUGACCAUUUUCAGUGGCGUAAUGGUAGCGGGUGGCCUGAUCCUUAGUGCCUUUGCUCCGAAUGUGCAGUUCCUCAUCUUUUCCUAUGGGAUCGUGGUUGGUCUGGGUUGUGGUCUGGUCUACGCAGCCACGUUGACUAUCACCUGUCAAUAUUUUGACAAGAGACGCGGCCUUGCCCUAGGGAUUGUCACCACAGGCACAAGUGUUGGAGCGUUUAUCUAUGCCUCCGCUCAGAACAAGCUGAUCGUGUUGUACGGUCUGGAUGGCUGCCUGCUAAUCAUCGGAGCUGUAGCACUAAACCUCAUGGCCUGUGCAGGUUUCAUGAGGCCCCUUAACAUGCCAGGUUACUACCUCAAACAAAAGGCUGCCCUUGAACGCAACACAGAGGAGCAGCUUUUUGAGAAGCCCCUGACGGAUGACCUGAAGAUCACAGCUGGUUCCACCUCAACCAAUACAGAGAAACCCCUGACGGUGAAGGAGUUGCUUGACACCGUUGAUGCAAAAGACUUGGCCGUUCAAACAGAGAAGAAGAAAGGAAGCUUGCUGACUGGGUUGGCUAUCAUGCAAGUCAUCAAGAAGAAGCAGCAGGCUUACUUCAAGUACAUGCACUCUUUGUGUGAGAUCAUGCAGGACCAAGCCAUGGUGGCCUUCUGUAUCGCUGUCUUCCUGUUCAGCCUGGGGGCGUUCCCUCCUGUGCUCUUCAUUGAGGAUGUAGCGCAGAGUGAAGGACUCAUUGAAGAAGUAAGUGUCAUUCCUCUGGUAUCAAUAGGGGCCAUCGCCACUUGCGUUGGUAAACUAGUGCUGGGUAUGCUGGUGGACAUCAAGUGGAUUAACGGCAUCUAUCUGUAUGCCUUCACCAUGUUUGCUGGAGGUGUGGCCCUGCUCCUUAUCCCCAUCACUAAGACUUAUAUGGGACUGCAGAUCUUGUCUGUCAUCCUGGGUUUCUUCUCUGGAAACUGGUCAAUCACCUCAUACAUUACCACUAAAAUUGUCGGCUUGGACAGAUUGACACAAGCCCACGGCAUCCUCAUGUUCUUCGGGGGAUUAGGGAUCAUGCUUGGACCCCCUGUUGUAGGGUAUUUCUUUGACUGGACACAGUCAUAUGACUUGGCCUUCUACUUUAGUGGGGUAUGUGUGGAGCUGGGAGCGUUCAUUCUCUUUCUGCUCACCCUUCCUUGCUGGAACAAGAAGUACUCAGAGAACGACAGACCAGACGUCCAUUACACCAGCAAUUGUGACAAAGUUGCUUCUGUAGCCUGAAUAUAAGCACCUUUCAUGAGAACUAAAAUCGUACUCGUACUGCCCAGCAACUGGCCACCAUACCUGAAACCACCUCUGGGAGGUAUUUUCUUUUUUGACUUUGCAGGAGUUAUCUCCUUAUUUCUGUAGCCAGGUUCUAAUAUACCAAAAUUCUUUCCCAAGGUUUUGAAAUACAGGCCUUCCUUUUGUACUUUGCCUGCAUUUCUCAGGUUCAAGCGAUACACUGCAGAUCUUUUUAAAGGUUUGACUUUGGUGCCUGUUUAUUUUCUUUUUAUUAUUGCCUCAUUUUACGAGGUCCACUGAACAAUAUUGUUCAACUCCCAAAUUCUACAAUGUGUUUGUGUAAACAUUGGUAUUUACUUUACUGUAACUCUGAAAAAAGACAUGGUGCCGUUUAUAAUACCUGGGAGAAAAACAUUGUCUCCCUGGAAUCUAACUAAACGGAGAAUACAGGGAUUGGAAUGAGGGAGGUAGUGCUUUUUGAUAAUCAUAAUUUUAUCAACACGUAUUUUGUGUAUUUUGGUUUUAAUAUCUUAAUUACACCACCAUGUAUAUCUCCAAAGCAUCAAUGAUAGUUAAUGCCUGUCAACACAUAAUGCCUGUUGGAACAAUACAAAAGCCUUGCUUUAUAGAUAAUUUUACUGUUCCACAUACCUCCUGUUUCCAGAUGAGACAGAGACUUUUUUGAAUACGUUAUGCUGAUUAA